AUGGCGUCUCCGCUCAAAGUGUGUAUAGUCGGUUCCGGAAACUGGGGCUCAGCCAUCGCCAGGAUCAUUGGAGAUAAUGCCAAGUCACUGGAGCGUUUUGCCACCACAGUGAAGAUGUGGGUGUUUGAAGAAAACAUUAAUGGCAGGAAGCUCACUGACAUCAUCAACACGGAGCAUGAAAACACCAAGUACCUUCCUGGAUAUAAACUGCCAGAGAAUGUGGUGGCUGUCCCUAAGCUCUGUGAUGCUGCGGAGGGAGCUGACCUGCUGGUGUUUGUGGUCCCGCACCAGUUCAUCAGGAAACUCUGUGACGAGAUGGUUGGCUGCGUCUCCGCCAGAGCUCGAGGAAUCACACUCAUCAAGGGCAUAGAUGAAGGCCCUGAGGGUCUGAAGCUGAUCUCCGACAUCAUUCGAGAGAAGAUGGAGAUGGAUGUCAGUGUCCUCAUGGGAGCAAACAUCGCCAACGAAGUCGCAGCUGAGAAAUUCUGUGAAACCACAAUCGGCAGUAAGAUCCUGGAGAACGGCCUGCUGUUCAAAGAGCUGCUGCAGACUCCAAACUUCAGGAUCACAGUGGUGGAUGAUGCUGAUACAGUGGAGCUGUGUGGAGCACUGAAGAACAUCGUUGCAGUGGGUGCGGGCUUCUGCGAUGGGUUGCUGUGCGGUGACAACACCAAGGCCGCUGUGAUUCGUCUGGGGCUGAUGGAGAUGAUUGCCUUCGCUAAACUCUUCUCCAAGAACGACACUGUUUCUACGGCAACUUUCCUAGAGAGCUGCGGCGUGGCCGACCUCAUCACUACGUGCUAUGGCGGCCGCAACCGGCGAGUGGCAGAGGCCUUUGCUAAAACAGGAAAGAGCAUUGAGGAGCUGGAGCAGGAUAUGUUGAAUGGUCAGAAGCUCCAGGGUCCUGCCACCUCAGCUGAGGUUUAUCACAUCCUCAAACAGAAGAGCCUGGUGGACAAGUUCCCUCUCUUCACAGCCGUCUAUCAGAUCUGUUUUGAGGGGAGGCCGGUCCGAGAGAUGAUCUCCUGCCUGCAGAGCCACCCAGAGCACAUGUGACCACCGGCUGGGUUUCGCAAGGGGCUGUCGAACAGAUCCAUUCAACGUGGUUGCACCGAGAUCAGUUCACAUUAAGUGUCUCAGCAUGUGAAAGAUAAAGUCCAUUAUCAUUUCAAGUAAAACUAAUAUAGACCAAAAGAAACAGUUUCCAGAUUCCAAACAGUAUUUCACCUCAGUCUCAAAAUGCAGGGAAACAGGUCUGCUAGACGUGACCUACUCCUAGUUUACACAGAAAUGAGGACAAAUUAAAAAGCAAAGCAUACUCCGCACACAAACAACGCAAACAGAUAGUUUCAAUGAUUUACAACUGAUUCCCAUGAGCACUCAAGCCAGUUAAAUUGAUGAAUUGUCUUAUAUCAAUAAGAAUUUUAAACAGGGCUGUUUUCAAGACAUUCCAGGGGUCAGCUGUGUUUCUGUGUUAUCUGGUGUGCUGUAGAAUCACUAUACACCUGCCUCUGCCUUUUUUUCUGGCUGCUGUUAUCAGAUAGCCGCCAUAGUCCUGGCACGGUGCCCCUUAGAC